CUAACAUUCAUGCAAGGUAUUUCACUAGCCAAUGUUACCACAAGGUCAAGCCUUGCGGAACAAAUAAUGGCCACCACCGUGACCCUCUCCGCCUGUUGGUUUUUACUAUUUCUCAAUGGGAUCAUGUUGUUCACUUUGAGUAACAAAUGUAUGUUUCGGGAGACAUCGCGCUACAUACUGCUGUUUAACCUGCUGCUCGGAGACACGCUGCUAAUAGUUGUCUCUCAGCUGAUUUAUUGUUUGCACUUAUUUCACAUCAGAGUCAUGUAUCCUGUUUGCAGUGUACUGGUCCUUUUCGGUACUCUCUUCAGUAGGAUUUCUCCUUUGGUGCUGGCAGUUAUGUCGCUGGAGAGAUAUGUAGCUGUGUGCCACCCUCUCAGACACGCCUCCAUCAUGACCAGAGAGAUCACAGUGAGGACCAUGCUUGGAAUGUGGAUCGUGUGUUUUAAAAUUGCUCUCAUUCAAAACCUAUUAAUUUUGAUGUUUCCUUUUGAACAGCUGGAGAGUCUGCAAAUGACACAGCCAUGCCGUUACAUUGCUAUGUUCCUCGUGCCCUUUUACGAAAUAUACAACAAUACCAACUCGGCUUUGGUGUUCUUUGUUGCAGGCCUGACCAACAUUGCCAGCUACGUUGGCAUAGUCAUAGCAGCCAGAUCGGCAACCACGGACAAAGUCUCUGCGCGUAAAGCAAAAAGCACAUUGCUGUUGCACCUGGUGCAGCUAAGCCUCAGCCUUUUGUCAGUGAUCUACACCAAUAUCCUCACAAUUCUCUCACCUUUGUUGAACUGGGUAGCUUUUAACCAAAUGCAGAUCUUUUUGUUUGUGUGCUUUGUCUUAUUGCCCAGAUCUCUGAGUUCACUCGUCUAUGGGCUGAGAGAUCGAAGUCUCAGAGUUGAACUCAUCUAUCUAUUCUGCUGA